GGGCGGGCGGCCAAGAUGGCGGACGGCGACAGCGGCAGCGAGCGCGGCGGCAGCGGCAGCGGCAGCGGAGGGGGGGGCGGCGGGGGAGGCUUCGCGGCGCCCCGGGGAGGCGGCGGAGGAGGGAGCGGGGCCGGCGGCGGAGGCGGAGGAGGCGGAGGAGGAGGCGGCGGGGCCGGCCCCGAGCAGGAGACGCAGGAGCUGGCGUCGAAGCGGCUGGACAUCCAGAACAAGCGCUUCUACCUGGACGUGAAGCAGAACGCCAAGGGCCGCUUCCUCAAGAUCGCCGAGGUGGGCGCGGGGGGCUCCAAGAGCCGCCUGACGCUCUCCAUGGCCGUGGCCGCCGAGUUCCGCGAUUACCUGGGCGACUUCAUCGAGCACUACGCGCAGCUGGGGCCCUCCAGCCCCGAGCAGCUGGCGCAGGCCGCCGGCCCCGGCGGCGACGAGGGGAGCGGGCCCGGGCCGCGGCGGGCCCUGAAGAGCGAGUUCCUGGUGCGGGAGAACCGCAAGUACUACCUGGACCUGAAGGAGAACCAGCGCGGGCGCUUCCUCCGCAUCCGCCAGACCGUCAACCGCGGCCCCGGCGGGCCCGGAGGCUUCCCCGGCGGCCCCCCCGGGCUGCAGAGCGGGCAGACCAUCGCGCUGCCCGCCCAGGGGCUGAUCGAGUUCCGCGACGCCCUGGCCAAGCUGAUCGACGACUACGGGGGCGAGGAGGACGAGCUGGGCGGCCCCGGGGGCGGCGGGCCGGGCGGCGGGGGGCUCUACGGGGAGCUGCCCGAGGGCACCUCCAUCACCGUGGACUCCAAGCGCUUCUUCUUCGACGUGGGCUGCAACAAGUACGGCGUCUUCCUGCGGGUGAGCGAGGUGAAGCCGUCCUACCGCAACGCCAUCACCGUCCCCUACAAGGCCUGGGCCAAGUUCGGCGGCGCCUUCUGCCGCUACGCCGAGGAGAUGCGCGACAUCCAGGAGCGCCAGCGGGACAAGCUCUACGACCGCCGCGCCGGGCCCCCCGGUCCCGGCAGCGGCAGCGGCGCUGGCGACGACUCCGACGGCGACGACGUGGACGACGACUGAGCCCCCCCGCCGCCAGCGCCCGCCGGCCUCCCCCCUCCUCUUCCCUCCCUGCCCUUCCCCGGACCCCCCUUCCCCUCCUCGCCGCGACGGGGAGAAGGGGGCCCCGAGCCCGCCUCCGAGUCCCCCUCCCUGGCCCCCGGCUCCGCCACCGGCGAGAGGAGAGAGAAACCGGCCCGACCGCAGCCACCGACCGCGUCCCUCCCUCCUCCGCACCACCGGGACGAGCCACCGGCGUGCCCCCGGGGGCGAGCGCCCGGCCCCCCCCUUCCUCCCUUCAUCCUCCCCCCCCCCCCCCCGCCUGCUUCAGCCCGAGGACUCCGCGCUUUUUUGGGGCCGGGGGUGCCCGGAUCCUCUCUCCUCUCCCGUCCCGCCCCGACCCCCUCUGUCCGUGUCGGCGUCGUGCCCCCCGCCACCACCGAAACCAGCAGCCCGGCACCCCCCGGGGAGCCGCCGCACGCCGGCUGGGGGGGAGCGAAGGAGCCGGCGAGCUUUCGGCAGCCAGAUGCCAUGCGGGGGGGGCCGUCUCUGGACCAACGUCCAUUGUCUCUUAUUUUUUUCCUCUUUUUUUUCUUUUUUUUUUUUUUUUCCUCCCCCCUUUGCGGAAUCGUUUUGUUUUCUGGGAUGCGAACUGCUAAACUCCAGGCGCCUGAACUGGAACCCGUAACUGAGCUAGUGCAAAGCUGGCAGGUUUCUGAAGAUAAAGGAACACUUCUGUUCUGAUUUAUUAUUAUUUUUUUUUGGAUUAUUAUUAUUUUUCCCCCCCCCCUUCCCUUCUUUUUAACAUGGGGGUUGCAAAGAGAGGUAGGCUAGAGAAAAAAGCAGGCACAAAGCACAAGGCAAGCUCGACGGAUCGGCUGCUGCUCGCUGGAGAUCUUCCCCUCCUCUCCAAAUAAGGUGGGCUCGAGCGAGCGCCGGGUUGGCAGCGGGAAGGCCAGGCAGGAUUCCCCGGGCGGCCGCGAGCGGGGCCGCCGCCGUCGGAUGAAUUUUUCCAAGCCCUGGCUCGGCCGGGAGCCCCGGCGGCCAGGAGGAGCGCCCGGCGCCGCGCGCGGGACUCGGAGGCCUCGGCGGGCACGCGCCCGCGCGACGCCGGCGACCUCAGGUGCAGAAACCCAACCCGUUGGUCUUCGCCCGCGGAUUUUUAACACGAACUCGAUGCGUUUCCUCAGUACCUCACGCCGUGCGAGCGGCGGGGCCGGCGCCGGCCGGCUCGUUAGCGCGACGCAACCUGUGGGAGCUCCGACCAGCGCUGGGACCGCGCACCCCGGCGGCCGGGGCGUUGGAUUUUUAUUUUUUUUCUCUUUUUUCUCUCUCUCUUUUUUUUUUUUUUUUUUUAACCACCUCGCCGUUUCACCAGAGACUGGCUCCUGCCAACAACUCGUCCAGCUGCUCCGGAAUCAAAGUGGGGUCCUUUCAGCGAUCACCUCUGUUAUUAAAUGGAUUUUCACUCUCAAAUGGUCUUUUUUUUUAGCUGAUCGGGUCAGUCCUGCCCCUCCAGAAAGGUAUUUUUUUAGCCACGUUAUCCUAGUAACUUUGAACUGAAUGGGGAGCCCGCUGUUCAUUCCAAAGUUUCAGGUAUCAUUGUGUGACACCUUCUAGAGUCUCUAGGACUUUUUAAUUUUUUUCCUCUCACGAUUUUUUAUUAUUUUUUUUCCUCUUUUUGGAAACUGUGCAUGCCUGCCCUCUGAGCUGCCUUGUUAAUUUAUUGUUGCGAACCCUUCUGCUGGCGUCCCCCUCUCCGCGCUCUCUGUUCGCUCCGUAUUUAUUGGAAGGCGAGGAACGGCCCCACAGCGACUCCCCACGCGGCCGGCCGGGGGGGCACCGGCUCCGUGCCCCACCCCGAGCCACGAGGACGGCCCCACGCAGCCGCCCGCCGCCGCCUCUCGCCGCCCUCCCGUUGUCCGUAGGUCUUUUUAAGGGAUUUUUAACGAGAACUUAUUAUUUUUUUUUUCCUUUUCCUUCCGUUUUCCCCCGUUUUUUAAUUCUUCUCCGUCGCAAAGAACUCGGUUUCCUAAAAUCCUAACGGGAGCAAUAGUAUUUCUCGAUGUCCGAAUCACAUCCGUACACUUGUACUGUAUUUUGUACUGUAAGGCAGCUGUUUCCAGUAAUGUCCUGCUGUAUUUACCGAUGUGUUUUGUUCACACGCGUUCAGUUCUUUGCCGCGGAGAACGCAGCGCCGCGGGCCGGCGGCGAGGAGGAGGAGGAGGAGGACGAAGGCGGCCCCAGCCCCGGCCCCGCUCGCCGCCCAGGACGCCGGCUCCGCGCGCAGACCAGCAUCUCGUCCCCUCGCUUCGGUGGUGAUGGACUUUCUGUUGCUCAGCUGCUGUGAGCCAGUUCGGUUCUUGCAAAGAUGCAGGCGGUACCUCUCCUUUUGAAGAGGAUUAUAUAUAUAUAUAUAUAAAUAUAUAUAUUCUUUUUUUUUUCUUUUUUUUUCUUUUUUUUUUUUUUUUGGCUGAAAUCGCAGUAACUAGCCUUACCUUUCUACUCUGUGGUAGCGGCGUGGGCUUCGCGGGCCCGGCUACGCUGUCGAUAGCUGCCUAGGAAAACCCGUGGAAGAGGCAAAGAGGCAAAGAUCACGUCCGCCAAAAAAAAAAAAAAAUGUCCAACCCACUGCCGCAGACGGCGUUCGCUUUGGCAACCAGAAACCUUUCUCCCACCGGCGCCAGGCCGGCCCAGCGAUGUAUCUAUGUACAGAAACCUUCCGCAGCUCCAUUUGACCUUCCAGCACACAGGUGAGAAGAGCAGAGCGCGUCGGGGGAAGAAAUCUCGCAGCAAAAAAAAAAAAAAAAAAAGGAAAAAACAAAAUUAUUAACAGAAAUAAGGUUUUUUUUUAUUUUUAUUUUUAUAACCCUGCCAGCGGCCGGCGAGAGCGAUUUUCGGAGAGGUGGGCGGGCGAGGAGACGCUCCUCGUUUUGGGCUUCGGCGGUCGCUUCGUGCUCCGGGAGCUCAAUCCCAAAAUCACCCCCGUGGCGGGCGGGUCGGCCGGUGGCUGUGCGAUGUGUGCACCUGGAGGGGUGCGCGCAGGAGGCUGGGGGUUGUUUCUUUUUUCGGUUUGGAUUCGGUAGAAAACGGGCAAAAUGUUGUUUGUGUUUUAUUUUAAUGUUUUAUGCCGGAAGGGGGAAAUCCCAAAUGGUUGGAGCUUCCAGAUUUCUGUUGCCCCAGAAGGGACGGUUUGAGAGCGCAACUCUAUCAGAGCAUCUGCUGUACAAAAGGCAAUGUAAAUCUUGUAUAGCACCCCAAAAAAAACUUCGUGUAAAUACCCGAGACGUCUGGGCCGAUCGCCCGGAGCCCGAGGCGGCCGCAGAGGGGUCCCCGCGGGGAUCACCCCCAAAAAAAAAACAAAACAAACCCAACCCCGCGGCUCCACUACAGUCAAAACUGCUUCAAUUUCCCCGCUCCCUCCUGAGAGAAAAGGAAAAACCACGCAGCGUCCCUGCCGUGCUCCUGGCCGGGAGCACGAGGCCGGUGGCCGCCGUCCCCACGCCGAGCGGCCCGCGGGACGACUCGCGAGGACGGAGCUCUCCGGAGAGGGGCGGUUCCUCUGGUUGGCGAAAGCCUCGCCAACUUCUUUUAGAAAAGAAAAGAAAAAAAAAAAGAAAAAAGAAAAAAAAAAAAGAACCGUGAGCGAGUGAUGACGGUACUUCAGAUGCACAAAGGAAUCUCUCAGCAGAUAUUCGCCCGAGGAGCGCGGCCUCGGCUCGCGCCGCGGGGCCGGGAGCGGUUUCCCAUGCGGGGUUCCAACGGGAGCGCCAGGCGUGCCGCGAGGACGAGGCGGCGGGAGGAAGGCUCCCUCCUCCUCCUCCCGGAGCUGGAUGUGCUCGGGGUUUGUGUUGCUGGAAGCUCCCGUCCGGCUUCCCAGCUGCUGGGGAGCGGCGCUCGGGAAGGCACCCGCUCGGACGGACGGGAGCGGAGAGCCGGGACAGAGGGUGACAGAGGGCGGUGGGCUCGCGGCCCCCGCCGAGCUCCCCCCGCGCCCGGGGCAGCGCGGUUUCGGGGAGCUGGCGGUGCUGCUGGUGGCCGCGAGGCUCGAGGCCGCGUUACCGGCCUCAAAAAUGCGCCGGGAGGCACGAGGCCACCAGAAGGGACGACCGCGGGUCUGUCCUGCACGGGGAGCGCUCUCGGCCCCGGCACGCGGUCAUCCCGCGCCCGGGGCAGAGCUGAGGAGGUGAAACAUCGGCGCGGGGCGAGGCAGAGCCUCGGCGAGAGCUGGAGGCUGAGAGAGAGAAAAAAAGAGAGGCGCCAGGGCCGGGCCUGGCUUCCGCAAUAUCUGCUGAGAGCCCAAAACGUUCACCCCGAAGUACCUUGACGAAAAGAAGAAAGUUUUAUUCCUCUUAUUUUUUUAAUGAAAGAAAAAAAAAAAUAAAAGCAAACCAUGCACUUUACGCGGCCCAGCGCGGGGGCUGCCGGCGCCCGGAGGGGCCCCGUCCCCCUCUCCCACGGCAGCGGGGCCGAUUCUCAUUCCCUUCCUCUGCGGCCGGCGGGGCGGCUUCGGGAGGCGCCGGGGAGCGGCCGGCGGUUGCCGAAGGCAGGUCCUGGAUUUACCACUAGCAAAGAUGACGCCCGACGUGACGAACUCCUCAUGCUAGCGAGCACUCCUUACCGUAGCAGAUUUUUGCAAAUGGAGUUUUACAGUCUAUAUUUAAAGAAUUGUAUGUUUGUAACAAAUAAAAAAGUAUGCGGAAAAGUGAAUGAAAAACCCA